AGAUACAACUCAUAUUUAUAUACCUUGCGAAUGGCCGACAGGGGCAUAGCUGUUCCGAGACACAUUAAGCAGGUUAGACGUACGACGUUCUAUUUAUAACUUGGGAAAUACCAACAUCGGGCAGCUUACAUAGUCAAAGUAUACAACAUAUAGAAGGAGUGCUGUCGAUCCCCAAGUACAAAUACAACAGUAUUCAAAUACGAUCAUCAUCAGAUAAAUCAUUGAAUCCAAGAUGGCCGCAGCGUCUGCAACAGCAACAUCUGUACUGGGAGGAUACCCUGUGGAUACCAAGAUGGCCGCAGCGUCUGCAACAGCAACAUCUCUAAUGGGAGGAUACCCUGUGGAUAUCUUUCCUUCAGGAUUUGAUCAAAAGUUUCUUUGUGGGAUGUGCAAAAAUAUUUUGCGAGACCCACGACAAAAUUUUUGUGGACACAGAUUCUGUAUGGGAUGUGCACAGAAUACUUUCAGCAUGGAGGAAGUUGCUAAGAGACAGGGGAAGCCAAAGAUUUGUCCAUGCUGCAUAGAAGAGGGAAUGGGAGAUGACUCCGAGGAACUGAAGUUGGAUCAUAUGUUCCCUGACAACGCUGUGAAGAGGGAGAUGAUUAAGAUGGAAGCGAAAUGCUGCAACCCUGGAUGCAAAUGGAAGGGGAAGUUCAAGGAUUAUGUUAACCAUGAGUCUCAGUGUGAGCAUCGGCCAAUUCCUUGCUCCAUGUGUGGAGACAUGGUUCCCAACAGUAGGAGGGUGGAGCAUGAGCAGAAGGAAUGCUCCAAGCGCAAGAUGAGCUGCAAGUUCUGUGGGACAGAGAUCAGCCAUGCCAAUGCAGAGGUUCACAACCAGGAGUGUCUGAAAUACCCAACCAAGUGUGAUGCUUGUGGAAAGAAGAAAAUACCAAGGGAGCAGCUGCAAGACCAUCUGGACAGAGAGUGCAGCAAGAGAGUGCUGACUUGUCCUGUUGGAUGUCCAGAACAGAUGAACCUUGACAAGUUUGUCCAACAUCUGACCAAUGGGAAGACUCAAGGGAAUCAUCUGUUCUGGAUCAUGGACAAGCUCCUAAUUCUGGAGAGAAUGGUGACUGGCAACAUUACAGCCGUGACUCCUCAAGGUGACCUAGCACAGAUGAUGACAAGCAUCAAUGAACUCGACCGAAAAAUACAGGAGCUUCAGAAUCACAGACAACCCAAUGAUGACUCCCAGAACGUCAAUGGAAGACUUCAGGCUACCGAGGCAAAAGUGUCUUCAUUUGAACCUAUCAUGGGUGUCCUUCACAAGGAGAUUGAGAGAUGCCUACAGGUCAUUGAAUCUUUGGAACGCCAACAGAUUGCUGAACGCCAGAGAACAGACCAGUUGAACACAUUGGUGGAACAGAUGGAUCAGAAGAUCAAGACUGUGGAAAGGAACACUGCCCUGAAGGACAUCCAGCUUGCAGAACACGACCUUCGUAUGCAGUGCAUGGAGCUUGCUAGUUACGAUGGCAGCUUGCUCUGGAGGAUCACUGAUGUGGCAAAGAAGAGAAACGAGGCUGUGACAGGGAAAGUGACAAGUCUGUACUCCCCAGCUUUCUUUACGGGGAAAGUCGGAUACAAAAUGUGCGCAAGAAUAUACCUAAAUGGUGAUGGGAUGGGCAAAGGAAGCCAUAUCUCACUGUUCUUUGUGGUGAUGAGGGGACAUUAUGAUGCGUUGAUGCCAUGGCCGUUCCAGCAGAAGGUGACACUGAUGAUGAUUGACCAGAACUUCCGAGAACACAUGGUGGACACGUUCCGACCCGACCCAACAAGUUCAUCCUUCAGGAGGCCUGUUUCUGAGAUGAACAUCGCAAGUGGAUGCCCUCUUUUUCUCCCCCUUCCCCGACUUAUGGACACCAACUCUGGCUACAUCAAAGAUGAUGUUAUCUUUGUGAAGAUCAUUGUAGAAAGUGAGGGUUUGGACAGGUACACAGAACUGAAUCCACUCAAAGGAGCGUUACCGACGCAACCGCCUCCUCAGAAGAAGUAGCGAAAGAGAAUUCAGAGGAAGCGUGUGUUAUUCUCAGUGUAUUGAAGACUGUAAAUAUCAGCUUAUGCUUCUUCUGAGAUAAGCAUGUUGUAAUGUCUUGUAUAUCAUUAUUAGAAUGAGUACCGGGUGUUGAUAAUCAACCUAACAACAGUGAUAGAAAUUAACCUUAUCUUCAGACGGGGCCAGUAAAAAAAACAAACGAUGCAGUAAUAAACUCAGCUUUAUAUUAACCAACUGUAUUACUAGUAAUACAAAUGCCUAUGGUGAAGCAAAAACAUUUAAAUGCACAGCAUGUAUCAUAAAUGACUGGUGAGGCAUUUUAUUUUAGAAGCUGUAGGCUUGUAACUUGGCAGUGAUCAUUUUGUGACCCAUGAAUUUCUCAUAGAUUUUCAGCGAUUUGACUUUGAAAGUAGAAUAACAAGUUACCAUUGUCCCCUUUCCUUCACAAUCAUGCAAGUGGAGCAAUACAUUUUGACAUGGUGGCUACACGCUUUCAGUAAACUGACACACGCAAUAACACACGCACGCACACACACACACACACAUUUUGGCAGGUGGCUGUACAUUUUCUGUCAUGUGCAGUCGCUUACAUCCUAAAGUAUGAACUCUGGAUUACAAACAAAACGAAAGUAGGUAAAAAAACACUUGUGUGGCAGGCCAUGUUGAAUGAGAAAAUUAUCAAUGACAAAGACGUAUCUUUAUUAUCAGUGAUGAUAAUGACACAUACCAUUGUCUCACACCGGAGGACCACUGGCAUAGUUUUAAUUUGCCUAGACAAAAUUCUACUCGCCUCGAGCCUCAGGGUGAGCAUUAAUUUCUAACAAUGCAAGCAACCUUCUCGUAAGAACAUUACACAUUGUUACUGUAAUUAUUUUGUAAAUAGACUUUUGAUUAUGACAAGCAAACAGCCUUCUUGUUUGCAGUCUAAUGUUUGUGAGUGAGUGAGUUAAGUUUCACGCCACUUUCACCAAUAUUCCAGCAAUAUCAUGGCGGGGACACCAGAAAUUUGCUUUACACAUUGUAUCCAUGUGGGGAUGAACACAGAUACUUUAUACAGUAUCUAAAUACAGUGUCAACACUGACCUAGGGCUUACUGAAGGUCAUAUUGUGCCACCUGCAGUUGUGAAUAUUAUUGCUUGUUUUAAAAACAAUUUCUCAUAUAGUACUGGUGAAUUGUUUGAUGAAGGUGAAGGUCAUUCAUACAUAAAUUAUACCUUGAGACUGUGUUUUUCAAGUUUAAAGGGAAUUUGGGGAUUACUUCUAUUUCUUCAUUUUGGUGUAUGCUAAGUCAUAGUUUUUAAACUCAUAACAUCAUCCUAGUUGCUAGGAUACAAAAGAUUUGAUGUGAAGUGUAAAUAACAAUAGUUUCAAAGCGUAGAAUGUGACAGGGAUUUAAUGUGUUAGGCCAAGUUUUUGAAGUGAUGGUUUGUGAGAUAAUUUCAUCAUAAUUGACAUCUACUGCAACUUCUGUCCCUUAGGAUCAUCAGCAUCUGCUGAUAAAGGGCUUCUGAUUGCUCCAAAUUAGGAAGCAUUGUUUGUCAACACCAUGUCCAUUUUCAAAAGUGUUACAUAAUCUACAGCCAACAUCACCCUCAGAUGCUCAUAUGCAGGGCUUGAUUUAAGUACAUUUGUACACACCCCAGCCAUAAAUUAUUAAUGGUCCCUUAGACCUUGCAUUGGUGCAACCUUAAACUACAGUUGCUUAUGAUAAACAGGCUAGUAACCAUGGUAACAGCAACUGAGAUUGAAUGACUGCUGCUGUUCAUGUCGUGACAUUUUAGGAAGGAAGGAGGGUAAACUGAUUCUAUUCGUCCCAGAAUAAUUUUGUUAUACAGAUGUAAUCAAUAGCCAAACUCAAGCAUUAUAUAUAUGUAUAUAAUUUUUCAGUAUUGUACAACAGGUGCAACCAGAUGUCUGGUGCACCGAAAUUUAUUACCUAAGCUUGCUUAUGCUGGCUAUUGACAAAGAACAUAGAAAUUGAUAAUUGUUAACAAAAUAUCGAUACAAUUUUAAUAUAUUUCACAUAAUUGGUGAUGCGGUUAUGUGUGGAUUACUAACAAACCAGCAUCCUGCACAUAAUUUAGAAGCUGACCAUCAUUAAAAACCUACAUUUG